GCACUCGAUACAGCGUUUGAGCGUACUUUAAUAUCGUCAAAGUUAGUAGCCUAUUUAACAGCAUCUAGAAAAUGACUAAUGAUGUAUCUAAAAAGAAGGGGAAGAGUACGGGUGAGAAAAAGGGCAAGAGAAAGGCCAAAAGAAGAGAAACUUACGCGAUGUACAUCUAUAAAGUUUUGAAACAGGUUCAUCCGGACACGGGGAUUUCGAGCCGAGCCAUGAGCAUCAUGAACUCCUUCGUGAAUGACCUGUUUGAGAGGAUCGCCACAGAGGCGUCCCGGCUGGCCCAGUACAAUAAACGCUCCACCAUCACCAGCAGAGAGGUGCAGACCGCAGUGAGGCUGCUGCUGCCCGGGGAGCUGGCGAAACACGCCGUGUCCGAGGGAACCAAAGCGGUCACCAAGUACACCAGCUCCAAAUGAGGACUUCAGCGCGACUGGAAGUUGUUGUGACGAGGGUUUCAAAUGUUGUGCCCUGGUUUGUUUCCAAUAAACAUAAGCACAGAAAAAACGAUUUUUUUUUUUUUUAUCCCCGCCUUUUGCAGGGUGAAGCAGUACCGCGUUCUAACCACUAGAUGGAGCAAUCGCACAUCUUGACUCAGUGUCUUUGACUUAGCAGACCUCAUUCUGUACAUUACAGCUAUAAAUGUUCCCAUUACAAACUAUUAUUUGGUGAAAUCAACUGCAAUGUUACAAUAACCCACAUGAAUCCGUA